UGCUCGGGGGGUGUGUGCGGGCACCUCGUCCUCUUCUUUCUGGAACACAGCCUCACUUACAGCCGCACAUCUGGAGUGGAGCGCACGGGGGGGAAACUUUAUUUAUUUCUCUCUCUCUCUCUCUCUCUCUCUCUCUCUCUCUACCCCCCCCCCACCCCCCUUCAAUUGACCGUGUGAGCGAGCUGUCAGCACCGCGCGCGUGGAGCGGACAGCGCAGCGCCGCCUUCAGCAGCAUGGAGCCGUACACCGUGUCGGGAGCUCAGCGCCACCUGUCCGACCUCUACUCCGUCAUCCCUUACAACACCACCUUCCCGUACGAGGAGACGGGGGGCGACCGGCUGCAGAACUACACCGAGCCGCGGGGUCCGGCCCGGAGCACCGGGGGCAUGAUCACAGCGAUAUGCAUCACGGCUCUCUACUCCGUCAUUUGCGUGGUGGGACUUCUGGGCAACGUGCUCGUGAUGUACGGGGUGGUCAGAUACACCAAGAUGAAGACGGCCACAAACAUCUACAUCUUCAACCUGGCUCUUGCAGACGCGCUCGCCACCAGCACUCUGCCCUUCCAGAGCGCCAAAUACCUCAUGAACACCUGGCCGUUUGGGGAAGUCCUGUGCAAGCUCAUUAUCGCCAUCGACUACUACAACAUGUUCACCAGCAUCUUCACCCUGACCAUGAUGAGCGUGGACCGCUACAUCGCCGUGUGCCACCCUGUCCGGGCGCUGGGGUUUCGGACGCCGGUCAAGGCGAAAAUGAUCAACGUGCUCAUCUGGGUCGUGUCCUCCGCGAUCGGGGUGCCCAUUGUGGUCAUGGCUGUGACCAAAGUGAAUGAUAAUGGUAAAACCAUGUGCAUACUGAAGUUCCCCGAGCCGGAAUGGUACUGGGACACUGUGACAAAGAUCUGCGUCUUCAUCUUUGCGUUCUUGGUUCCUGUGAUGGUCAUCAGCAUAUGUUACAGCCUGAUGAUCCUGCGCCUGAAGAGCGUUCGCUUGCUCUCGGGCUCCAAGGAGAAAGACCGCAACAUGCGCCGCAUCACCCGCAUGGUCCUGGUGGUGGUGGCUGCCUUCGUCGUCUGCUGGACCCCCAUCCACAUCUUCAUCAUCGUGAAGACCAUGGUGGAGAUUGACACAAGGAACCCCUUUGUGAUAGCCAGCUGGCACCUGUGCAUCGCACUGGGCUACACCAACAGUAGCCUCAACCCCGUCCUCUACGCAUUUUUGGAUGAAAACUUUAAGCGGUGCUUCAGGGAUUUUUGCCUUCCUUGUCGAACCCACGUGCAGAAGCACAGCCUGACAGGAGGGCGCAGCAACACCAGGGAGCCAGUAUCCGUCUGCACUCCGACAGAGACGGAGAAGAAGCCUGCAUGACUAGGCAUGGAAAGGGUCCCCCAAAGCUCUCGCUCGAGGAGGAUCCAGCAAGAUCUGCAAUCAGAGGUCACCCAGAUCUCCACAACAGAGUUUUGAAGAUCACAAAGAGAAAAGGCUGGUCUCGAAGAACGUGCUGAUUGGUCUCUCCAAUUUGGUUGAGUGAACAUACACUGAAGGGAAUAAAGGCAACAGAAAAUCAGUUUCCCUGAUCUUACUUUUCCAUCAGUUCUGUACAAAAAAGAAUGUGUUCUUCUUAUAUCGAAUGUGACGCAUUGCAUUGUGACGUGGGUUGACACCCCAAAGAGUACGUUUCAAAUGUGAGCAGGAAGAAUGAAGCAGCACAUCCGCAGCUCACAAUUAGUCAGCCAAAAUGGACCAUGAAACAAGGGUUCAAACCUCAUUGAUGGCACAUGAAGGACAAAGCAGUUCUGCAGAUCUACUUGUCGAGCCAAAAAGUGUAUUUUUCAAAUAUCAUCCAUCGGAAUUGACAAAAGAUUGUCACCAAAAAGAAAUAUUCUGACUAUUUCAUUUGUACAGUAUAUCCACCAUCAAUUCAACAGAUAACGACUGAUACCCACCGACAGCUGGAUGAGUUGAAGUAGCUUGUUGCUAAGUCAACCAAUCUCUACAUCGAGAAAUCUUACAACAAAAAUGGACACUUGUUUAUUUGUUUGAUUCCCUUUAGACUCUGAUACCGUUUGGCUCAAUGUUUCAUGGUUCACGUGAAAUCACAAUCAACCCUGCUUGUUGAGGUUUUGCGCCGCGAUGAAGGAUUCCAGAAUGGCACUGGACCGCCGAAGCUUGGCUUUCUACAGAGGUCUUUUCUGCGCGUCUACUUGAGUUUCAUGAGUGGUGUCAAGUCUGAGGACAAUUUGAGGAGAACCACUAAGGCACGACCAACCUGCCACGGAAGGAUAAGGCCGGCGGCCACAACGCUUCGCUUACUUUGUUUCUUCCUGUUUGAAAGAGGUCUAAAGUCAAUGGAUAACCGAAAAACUCUAACUGAGCCUCUUCUUGUCAGACAUGUUUGUCCUUCGGGUCAACAAAAAGGCGAAUUUUGACCUGCAUUUAAAUGAGCUUAUUGUGGCCAUUUAUUACGGUUCAUUUAUUUACUGCAAAUUAUGGCAUCAAUCAAAAUGGAGACAUUCAUUGAUGGAUGCUGUGCAUCAUUUUAACUUUGCAUGAUGUGUCAGAGGUGUAUAUGAGGAAUCCAAAUAGAAUCGGACAAUGAAGUACUUUGAAGGUAAAAUUGGUGUUGACAUGCAAAGGUGUCGGAAAGUGCCAUGGUUUGGAAUAAUGGUACAAGGUAACUUAAUGUUUUAAAUGUUAAACAGAUGUUAAUUAUGACACAAGCAUUUGUGAUGACCUCUAUUUAAAAUUUAUUUGACAAAUGUAAAAGGAAAUGGUGAAAAACUGAAUUUGUAAAUAAGGUUAAGCUUUUGCUUUUGAGAAAAUUAGUUUUCAGCCACAGAUAAAAUUGCUCUAAUUAUAAUCCAAAAAGCGAUGUGUGAUUACAUUUUGUAUUGUAUUGCAGAAUUAUUGUUUUUUUUUCUUAAGUGAACAAUGCUUCAGUUUGUUGUGUACGGUUUGUUACUUUCAAUAUCAAUGCAUUUUCCUCUGCGUGGUGGAGUCAAAAAGAGACAAAUCAGGAAUAUUUUACCGCCUCAUUUCACCAAGUGCCAAUAACAAGGAAAACAGAGGUAUCCAAUUGGACGAGAUCAAUGCCGGUCAAUCAAUGUUGACCUAAUGGUAAUAGACCAAGCUUCGCAGUCAAGUAGUCCGCUUCACACCUUGUAUUCCAAAACUAAACCCUACCUUUUAAUAUCAUUUCACCACUUUCUGGUGAUUUCUGUCUUUAGCAAACUACGGAAGCCAAUUUUACUGUAAGGUCAUUGUUAUGAGAAAUGAAGGUAACAAAUAGUCAUAUCUAUCACUAGAUGAUAACUUUAAUUUACAACCAUUUAAAAAAAAAAACAUAGAGAAAUCUUGACAAAUGAUUCGAACACACUACUUUCCAAGCUGUUGACAGGGGAGCCGUGGACUAAAUUAACUCAGAGCAGUACACACAGGUAUGAAAUACAAUUAUUCCACCUUUUUUCCUGAUAGUCUAUUCAUUUGCAUAAAGCUAAUGUUAGUUGCUAAACAGCAGGUUUGUGGUGUGUUGUGUCAAUGAUCUGUAGCUAAUUUGGUUAAAUGUGGGAAGGUUUAUUAAUCUGAGAUUUUAGCAAGUGAGGCAGCAGAGCUUAGUCAGAUGUCACUAAUACUGAAUAGAAUUCCUAUUGACUGUCAGUGUGAUUGUUUGUAGAGUUCAUUAAUUGAUUGCUUAUUUAAUCUUCCUCCAUUCAUUUUUGUGCAUUAGUAUUUUUCCAUCCAUUGAUUUCAUUAUAUAUUUUUUUUCAUUUUUGUAUUCGAUGUAAAACAGAAUAAAGCUUGUGUGAAUGUAAAUAACUGUAGAUUUAUGUAAAAUGCCAUGAUGUCGUUUAAUCUCUGACUGCAGUACAGUGUGUAAGGCAAGUGUUCUAAUCAUACUUUUUAAGCUUCUUCUGGUGGAUCUGUUAUAUAAAAAUG